AUGAACCCCAUCUCCGUCCGCAUCCACGUUCUCGGGCUGGGCCUGAGCUACGACGACGCGUACACUCUCGCGCGCACCAAGGGCGUCCCUGAGCGGUACCUGGACACCCACGACGUCGACGACGCGCUCAACGCCUACUUCACUCGCCGCGGGCACGCUACUGCAUGCAUGGAGCUCCUCCCGCACGAACGUCCGGCCGGCACGGACUUCGAGUACUGCAUCAUCACCAACUUCCGCGUCGUCUCGCGCCACCAUCAGUCCAAGUGGAAUAUCCGCGAAGAGCGCCCGUGCGCGGACGAGUGGACUGCGCGCGUGAGCGAGGCUUUGCUGCCUGGUGCAGACUAUCAGAGCAUGCUCAUGCGCAUGACGCUCGAGGACUGGGGAGCCGCCCCCGCCUUCAUCGAGCGCUUCUACAAGCACCAAUCCAGCGGCAAACACAUGAUCCAGUCUUCCAACCUCUCGCCCGACCAGACCGAUUACCGCCCCAUCAUCAAGGAGCGCGCUGCGCGCGUCCGUCUGCAGAACUCAAACAAGCAACUCGCCGCCCCGAUACCCGCAAUGACCUCGAUAAUACCCGCCUCGCCUGCUACGAUACCCCGCCGUUCCGUCACUCGACCCAAGCUUCGGAUCCAGAUUGAAAUCGCAAACGCCGAGUCGACCGCUCCGCUGGAUGGAUGCGGGUCUGAUGAGGGAUACUAUUCGGAUAUGAUCGUUCGCGACCAACUUGUCUGCUAA